CUGGGUGUUUGGUGGUGAUCAGUGUCGAGCACGGCGUCAAGACCAAAGAGAAUCCAACCCAACGGGCAACGGCGUCGUGGACGCGUGAUAAACUACCAAGUGUAUUGGGUGCGAUAAGCGUGCCUCGGGUUACUUUUUAAAAGUACUGACACAAUAACCCCAAGUCGAACUAAUCAAUCAGUUUCAGUGAUAAAAACUACAGAGCAAUAUCGCAACGUGAUCUUGCUUGGUUGGCUUUUAAUAAUAAAAUAAUAAAUAAUCGAGUAAAGUGUUUGUGAGACCGGGAAUUUAAAUCUGAAAAAUAAUGUGAUGACCAAGACACCCGAGGAAGCCGUGGCUGCAUUCGGUAAUCCCACGAAUCAGGAUCUUUGUCGAGUGGUAGCGGUUUCAACUGAGCGGGCUGAUGUUAACUCGAGUCUCGAGCUCGCCAGUGGCUGUGUUAGUCUCGAUACCACCAGCAGUGGUGGAGGCACUCGUCAUCUUUGAUGAGCAACGGCGACGGCGACGAUCACGACGACUACACAGUACACAGUACAAUGAAUUACUCUCGAGACACGAGAGUGAGUUAGUGAGGUUUUAAGUUUGUGAGCGAGUGAAGUGAGUGUGUUGAUUAACCACGAGGAAGAGGUGGUUAGUAAUCGCAAGAGUCAGUAUAAAAUUUCCAACUACAACGACGACAACAGCAACGACGGCGGACCACGACGACGUUGCAAUCGUAACAAGUCGGAUUUCCUGUAGCCUCUAGCAGCAGCAGCAGCAGCGGUGGUAGAAGCAGCUGCUACUCGUCCCUCCCACUGGGAACAUCAGUAGUCAGUAGUCAGGAGUCGAGAGCCAGGAGUUUACUGUGAAAUUCAUACUCGCAAAUAUAAUAUAUAUACAUAGUACAUAUAUAUAGAUAUAUAUAUAUAUAUAUAUCUAUAUAUAUUCGUAUACCUAUAUAUAUAUAUAUAGAUAUAUAAUUUAAAUAUUAACAUUAACGUUUACGUUGAGAGUUAUAACGAGGAAGAUGGAGUCGAGAGAACGUUACGACGAGUUGUGUCGCCUGUGUGCAUCUUACGAUGCGGUUAAAAUGGAUAUAUUCGGACAAGAAGGAAAAAAUCGUCAGCUAGUUGAUAAAAUACAGACUUGUCUACCAUUCAAGAUUGCUGAAGAUGAUAGAUUACCAAAAUGUUUAUGUUACCGUUGUAUGUAUAAUCUUGAAAAUUUUUAUGAUUUUCGAACGGCUUGUGUUAAUGCCGUUGCGUUGCUUGAAAGAAAAUUACCACUAAAAGAAUCGUCAAACGAUGGAUUGCAUAAUGAUAUGGAAAACCAUUCGGAAUUACGUUCAGAAUUACUUAAGGAGAAGGAAAAAAUGCCAAUUCUUAUACCUGAAGCUCCGAUAGUUAAUCCAAAUGCCGCGCUGGGCACUCCACCGAGAUUAAAUUCUGAUGGGGAAGCUGAUCAGGAGAUUGAAGAAAUUCUUGAACACAGUGGUACUGAAGAAGGGUUAGAGGAUGGCGAGGACAGAAAAUACGAUGACGAAUAUGAAAUGGACAUGGAGACUAAUCCUAGUGAUUUUUUGGAAAUGCCGCCAAUGGUAACAGAGGACACGGAAGAAAACGACGGCAGCCAAUUAAAUUCAGUUCGUUCUCCAGCUCUAUUUCAACACAAAUCCGAGCACCAUGAAGUUUAUGUCUGCUCGUUGUGUAACAAAGCAUUCAGCUCUAAAGGACACUUGUCAUUGCACGCGCGAAUUCAUGCAGGUGCUGGCGAUGUCGUGGGUGAAAAAGUUAUUACCGACGAUCACACAUCCUUCAAACGUUUGUACCAAUGUGACCUCUGCAACAAAUCUUACUCGACAGCUAAACACCGUUGGGGUCACGUGUCCUCAAAUCAUCGCGGACAUCCAGCAGUUACGUGUCAAUACUGCGCACGUUUAUACUCGACACGUGGUAAUCUCAUGGAUCACAUUAAAUCACGGCACACUGGACAACCUCCACCUCCAAAACUCGGUGUCUAUGUGCCAACGGAUAACCGUUUUCAAUGUAAUACCUGUCCUAAGAUGUACACCAACAUCACGGACUUGAAUAAACAUAAAAAAGUUUGUACAGGUACUAGGGAAUCGUUAAGUCAGCAGCUAAAGAAGAGGGGAAAGAGUUUGAUGGAUACAUCAGAAGCAUCAAGCUUUGAAUCAGAUGAAGACAGCAAAGAUUAUCGUACAGCAGAAGCUAAACUGUCAAAAAAUCCUCAGCUCACUAUUUUAAAACAAGCACUGACCCGCGGUGUCGAAGUAUUGAAACGCGAUGACCGGGACCCCUACAAGUCAUUGCGUGUACCUCAGAUUGAUCAUGCUGAUGCCGAAGGCAAAAGAUGGUUUUGUGAAACCUGCCCACAGUCAUUCACUUCCAUCGAAGCUCUGAAAGAUCACGAGGUAGUGCAUGAAUCUGAUAAACCAUUCAUUUGUCUUCUAUGUAAAAAACAUUUCACUUUAAAAUCAUCACUGAGUCGGCAUAUCAUUGCGACACAUGGUGUCGAUCCAGGUCCAAUGAUCGACGACGACAAGUGCUACAAAAGGAAAUCAUUUUCAUCGUCAACGGUAUUGUCAAUUAUAAACGACAAGCAACAGCAUCACUCAACACGUGGUGAUUUAAAAAUAAAACGUGAACCUUCUGAAUUAUCAUUUUCACCAGAACCACGAACCAACGCCGACGACGAAGAGGAUCCUGACAAUAAUCAACAGCACGAUAUGAUUGAAAUAGAAACUGUAUUUGUAUGUGAAAUAUGUACUCGUGACUUUAAUGAUCGCGCUUCACUGUGGCUCCAUAUACGAGCAACGCACAAAGAGUACGCGGCAUUUGCGUGCGGUGUAUGUUUAAAAAUAUGUACAGACAAUGAUCAAUUGUUGAAUCACGUAAAUAUGUAUCACGGGGCUUCGAAAUUACAGAUAUCUGAACAACGACGGUACAGUUGUACAAUUUGCGGUAGACAACAUGACUCACGUAAAAAAUUAAUGACACAUGUGUCAAUACACAACAUUGAUCCUUCAUACGAUCCAGCAAAUUUUGUCCAGUUAAAUAGCGGCUAUUACAGCAACGAAAACAUAAAUAUAAACAACGAUGGCCAUAAUAAUCAAGAUUUUUCAACAUCGGCAAUUGACUUUGAUCACGAGGACGGUGAAAAAGUUGACUGUUUUAUUUGUUACAAAUCAUUUCCUAAUGAAGAUCACUUGAUACGUCAUCAACGUAACGCUCACAAGUCUGAUCAUAUGACGACACACGCGGCAGAUCAUCAUCUUGUUGCUGCAAAUACAAAUGGACCAGCAAAUCCGAAUGGCAAUAAAGCGCAGUAUCAUUUAUUUUUUGUUUGCGAAAUUUGUGGGAGCUCACAUCCAAGCAAAUGGGAACGUUGGUUACAUGUAAGCAGUGUUCACAGCACAGAGACACAGAUACGAUGCGAGCGUGAGGAUUGUGCUAAAAUAUUUGCAACAAAGUCAUUGAAAAAUGAACACAAUCAGCAUCACGUGCUCCAAGGCGCGUCACCCAAUACCUGUGAAAUUUGUGGUAAAUUGUGGGGUAGCCGUGUUGAUUAUUGGAAACACGUCAUGGGCGUUCAUUCAGACACAGUACCGUUGAUUUGUGGUGUCUGUUUGAAAGUAUUUCCCGAUGUUGUUCAACUUAGCGCUCACGUUAAAAGUAAACACUGGCCAUUGACCAACGGUGACUUUAGUUGUGAUAUUUGUGGACGUCCUUAUUCAAAUAAAUCAAAAAUGUCACGGCAUAGAAAAAUACAUGGGUUAGAAUUAGAGAGCUACAGCAAUGGUAUCAACGAUACAAUUAAUGAUUCCGCUGGUGCUGGUCCUGGUCCUAAUGCUAGUGCUGGUGCUGUGUCUACUGCUGCUGUUAAUAAUUACGAAACAAACGCUACCACAGAAGUGGAUUUGACUUGUGAGAUGUGUACAGAUUUGUUAUUCCCAAGCUGGGAAGAUUUGUGUCAUCAUAGACGAAUGAUUCACGGUCUAUUUCCAUGUGAUUUGUGUAACAAAUGUUAUGGACGCACAUCCCACUUGUGGAAACACGUCAAUCGGGUUCACAAAGGCCACAAAGACGUUACCUGCAAGUACUGCUUGAAGACUAGCGCUUCCAAGGAUCAUUUGACUGCUCACAUUGCCAAAAUUCACCGGUACGAGCCAGAAACAAAGCAGAUACUUAAAGACGCAAACUAUAAAACCCAGUCGGUGGAAGAGGAUACGAUUCAUCACUGCGAAAAAUGUAAUAAAGCAUUCCACAAACGUUAUUUGUUGAAGAGACACAUGAAAGGCUGCCAGAAUUAUCGUAAAGAUCCGGGAGCUCUGCUAACGCGAUGCCGUGCCUGCGAAAGAAUUUUUAAAGACCGCGCCAGUUUACAGAAACACAUUGAAAAUCAUCACAGCAGCUACACGUGCCAUUUGUGCAAUGAAACAAUAACUUCGAAACUCGGUAUCAUGACCCACAAUCGUGUCAAUCAUAUGAAUCAUCCAGAUCUUACUUGUGAUCACGCAAACUGUAAAAAAUUAUUCCGGACUAAAGAAGAUCUUGAAGUGCAUCGUAAAGAUCACAAAUAUCAUUCACCAAAUGUAUGUGAUUUUUGUGGUGAUACUGUGGAAAAUAAAUUGAAAUUAAAAAUGCAUAUUUUGUCACUGCAUCGAAAUGAAAUUGGUGUGUCCUGUGGUGUCUGUUUGAUACCAAUGAAAGAUCCUCAGGAGUUAAAAAAUCAUGUUGAAAGUGUUCAUCCAGGUGUAUUAUUAAAACCAAACACUUGUCAGGUAUGUGGUAAGCAGUACGCAUCAAAGUGGAAGGCUUUUGAUCACACGAAAAAAUGUCACGGUAAAGUUUUCCGUACAUGCAAACAGUGUCUUGCUGUUUUUACGACAGACGCUGACAUUAGAUACCACUACGAGCAUAUUCAUAAUGUACCGAAAGAUCAGUUGGCGGGCUUUGAAAAUAAUUUAGACGCCGGAGGCAAAGGCGCCGGUAAUGAUGACGGGAUUAAAGAAGAGCCAGAUGAUUUGGAGUAUGAUGAUGGCGUUUAUGAUGAUAUACCACGGGUUAAAUCAUCAAAACGAAAGCCACAUGACACUUAUGACUGUGAAAUAUGUCCCGAGAUAUUUUUAAAUUACGAUACACUUGCUGAUCACUAUCAGCUGAUACACAAUACUGAUCCGGAGAGAAUGUUUAAAAAAAUGAAGACCAAUAGUGGGGGUAAAAGACGAAUGCGUAAUCGUGAAAAUUUUGAAUGUGAAAAUUGUAAAAAACAAUUUUGUACAAAAACAUUAUUUUGGAAUCAUAUCAGUAAUUGUACACGUAAAAAUAAUUAUAUGUCACGUAAUAAUAAUGAUAAUAAUACAACAUCUACCUCGAUACUUGAAACGCAUUUAAAAAAUAAUAAUCUUAUUAAAAAGGAACCUAAUGAUGUAUUGAAUGAAUCAAAUUUAAAUAUACCUGAUUUCAAUUUAUUUGAAGAUAUUAAUUUACAGUUGUCUGGACAUAAACCAGUGCCAAAUUUAAUGCCACUGUCUUCAUCUCACAGAAUGUCACCGAUGAAAUGCAAUCGCAAGGACUCACGUAAAGUUUAUGAUGAAUCGACCAAUACUGUGUGCGCUUGUGAGGUCUGCGGUAAACAGUGGCCAGCUAAGAAACAUCUAUGGCAGCAUUUGAUAAGAUUUCAUCGAGCAGAAGCGGCUGUUACCUGCGGCGUAUGUUUGAAACUGUGCACAACUUACCGCGGACUGUCCCAACACUUGAAGGAAGCUCAUGAGGCUAUUUUGUCGUGCGAGGGAAAUAAUUUCACCUGCAAAACUUGCGGUAGGUAUCACAAUGCACGCAGUAAAUUAUUGCUACACAUGAGUAUUCAUAUCAAUAAUAAUGAGCACAUUUGGUGCUCAAAGUGCGCGGUUAGUUUUGAAACUCAGGAAAAACUCAAAGCGCAUAUGGUUAAUUGUGCUGUUAAUAAACAGAGACGUGAUGAAGAUGAAGACAAUGAUAAUGAUAACGACAAUGAUCAUGACAAUGACAAUGAUGAUGAGCAUGAUAAUGAUAAUGAUCAUGAUCAAGAUGAUGAACAUGAGGAGAAUAGUGUUGAUGAAGAAGAUGUUAAGAUGGACACUGAAGACAAAGGCAGUUUGAUUGGUGAUGGUGCUUCUUUAUUGGGUGAAGAUGAUGAUGAUGAUGAGGGUGAAGGUGAAGGUGAAGAAGAAGCAGAAGCAGAGGAAGAAGAAGAAGAUGCUGAAGAAGAAGAAGAAAUUGAAGUUGAAGGUGAAGGUGAGGAAGGUGAAGAAGGUGGUUUUGAUUCUGAAGGUUUAGUUAAUGGUGAGCAUACUGAAGAAUCUGCUUGUGAGAGUGAUAGUGAGGAGCAUGAUCAUGAUAAUGAUAAUGAAAAUGAAACGAUUGACAAAGAAGAUAAUUCUGACAGUGAAGAACAUGAUGAAUCAGAUGUUGAAAAGGAUGAAGAAGAUAAAGAAUCUAAAGAACCAGAAGAUGUAAGAGAUAAUGAUACAGAUGAUGACGGACCACCUGUACUAAGUCCGAUGAUGCCGAUUCACGAGGACGAUGAUAAAGUUGAAGAAUUGAAAACUAAAGAAGAUAUUCCUGAGUUGGAUGGAAUUGAUAAGGAAUUAUUGGAAGGCAAUUCUGGUUACUAUGAUGAGUUUAAAGAUGAGUCGGAGGCAGAUGACGACAGACUGCUGAUUGAGCAGAAUACCUCGGACUCUAUAAUCGCUGAAACAGAUGCUGAGGCUGGUGAGGAUGCUGAUGGGUACGAAGAACAAGAAAUGCAGAUUAAUGAUCUGGAUGGUACUGUUCUGAUGGUUACCAACGACGCUGACGGUAAUCAGAUACUGGUACAGCAGAAUGUCGAAGAAAUAAAUGAAGACGACGACGGUGAGUCGAUACAAGACGUCGCUGAUUUUAUUUACCAAGUUGAUAAUGAUAACUAUGACGGCGAUGCCCAGAUGGAGAUCCAAGAGGUGCAGGACGAAGAAGAUGAUGGUGAGGAACAUGAAGAUAUUGAUGAGGCUAAUUCUAGUGCCAAAAAACGUGUCUCGAGGACGUAGUUGUGAAUUAUUAUUAUUUUGUAUAAAUGGGGAUAUUUUACGUGAUUUAUUUUUAUUUUUAUUAAGAAAAAAGAUAAAAAAAAAAGAAACAAAAGAUAAUAACAAUAAGUACACUGUACAGUAGACUGAGUGUAAAUUUAAAAAAAAAAAAGAAAGAAAUUCUGCCUAAUCUAGAUUAUAAAAUUACAAAUUACGAAUGUUUAAAUGUAGCUCGAGAGGUUGGAUGAUCUAUAAUUCGCUUGGGCAUUGUAAUUUAUAAGAUUUAAAAAAAAUAUAUUUUUUUUUUAUUUUUUAAAUUCAAGCCCAAUUGAUUAGUUCAAACAGUUAUUUGAUUUUUCAUUCGUGAUCAACCUAAUGGAUGUUUUUUUUUUUAUUAAUUAUUAUUAUUAUUAUUAUUAAUAUUAAUAUUUUGUUUUUGAGUAAUUAAAUAAGCGAUUACGCUUCAGUCAGUUAUUUAUUUGACCUCAUUCAUUCCAAAGUAAAACGAUUAAUCCUCAAUCUUUAUUUUCUCUUGAGUUUUAAGGUUUAUUGUCUUGUAGCCUAAUUAAUUAAUUAUUAUUAUUAUUAUUAUUAUUAUUAUAUUUUUUAUUUAUAAGGCUUUUAUUUAAAUUAAAAUUAAUCUGAA